AGACAAAAAAUAUUCAUACGAACACUCUUGAAAAUCUACUGUGUAUGGCCAGCUUUUAUUUUACUGGGGCUUCUCCUCGAUCAUAAAGGUGAUUACCGUAUUUUUUGCUCCAUAAGACACACUUUUUCCCCCCCACAAAAUGGGGGAAUAUGUCUGUGCGUCUUAUGGAGCGAAUAUAGAGCGGCCGACCUGGUAUUCCCCCGUCACCGCCGCCAUGUUAGAAUACCGGGCCGGCCGCUCAGCUCUUCUGUGCAGCAGAACCUGUUCCUCAGUCCUACCUGUUCCUCGGUCCAGCGGUGUCCUCACCGUCUUCUCUCCCUGGCACCGGCAUUUUUAAUGUGGGCACCCAGCUGUGACAGCUUGUGGCUUCAGAGCCGGGUGCCCACUGCGCAUGCGCGAGAAGCACUGCACUUUGUGAAUAGCCCUGUAGUCUUCUGGGACCUGUCACAUGUCCCAGAAGACUAUGGGGAGGGAGGGAAGGCAACUCCGCGGAAGUGGGAGCGGGUACCUUCUCUGGUCAUCUCCUGUACUAUGUCUGCAGCCUUUGUUCAUCUCCUGUACUAUGUCUGCAGUCUCUGGUCAUCUCCUGUACUAUGUCCGCAGUCUCUGGUCAUCUCCUGUACUAUGUCCGCAGUGUCUGGUCAUCUCCUGUACUAUGUCUGCAGUCUCUGGUCAUCUCCUAUACUAUGUCCGCAGUGUCUGGUCAUCUACUGUACUAUGUCUGCAGUCUCUGGUCAUCUCCUAUACUAUGUCCACAGUCUCCGGUCAUCUCCUGUACUAUGUCUGCAG